AUGUUCUUGUGUACAUUCGCUAUUAAUUUCGCCGAUUAUUUAACUCAGGUGUAUGCCCCAUACGCAACGAGCGACUUCGAGCAGCACUCUGUCAUGAGCACAGCCCGCGUGGUCAUGAACAUUACGCAUAUCUCCGCCUAUCCCAUUAUAGUAAAGCUGGGAGAUGUUUUCGGUAAGGCUGAAAUGUUCAUCUUGUCCAUUCUGAUGUCUAUUUCAGGCUAUGCCAUUUGGGCAGCCUACACGAACAUCACGCAAUACAUAGCUGCCGGUAUCUUCGACGCUUUCGGAUCAACUGGAUUUGCCCUCACACAACAAAUCUUCAUGGCGGAUAUGAUCUCGUUAGCCAAUCGUGGUAUCUGGUCAACGUUACCCGACUCUCUCAACACAAUUCCGACUUUUUACCUUGGCACUAUCAUCAAUCAACGUAUCCUCGAUCGUUCAAUGUGGCGAUGGGGAUGGGGCAUGUGGGCGAUUGUUUUGCCCGUUGCCUCGCUUCCAUUGGUCGGUACCAUGCUGUUUUGCCAACGUCGGUCACCAUCUCCGGUAUCUGUGUCUGGGACUUUGGGCUGGAAAAUCAACGAUGCUUGGUGGAAGAAGCUGUACAGAUUGUUUUGGAUUCAGCUUAACUUGCCAGGAGCUGUUCUCAUUGUGGCUGGGUUGUCUCUCCUUUUGGUUUCUCUGCCCUUGGCGGGCUCUAAUAACAGUGGCGCGUGGACCAAUGGGUCGUUUAUCGCCAUGUUGGUCCUAGGCGUGAUUUUCAUAAUAGCGUUCUUAUGCUGGGGCGCAUGGUUCGCGGAGAAACCAUUUGUGCCUUAUCGUAUGGUCAAGAAUCGCACAGUGGCAGCUGCAUGUCUUCUUGGGGCGUUGGAUUUCUUCCAUUGUUCAGUGUUCAGUGUCUUCUUGACGAGUUACCUUCAGGACGUUGUUCCUGAUUUCCGUACCAUGGAAACUCUAUCAGGCACGACUUGGGAUGUGAUCAUUGAUGGGACUGGGGUUUCUCAGUCCCUUCUGGCACUGGCCCUCUCACGAUCUGGAAAGAAGGUUCUUCACAUCGACCGAAACCAAUACUAUGGUGGUUCAGAUGCAGCCUUCAGUCUUGAUGAGGCCCAGGAGUGGGCAGAGAAAGUCAAUAAAGAUGAACAUGAAUCAGCGUUCAAAGAUGCCUCGAUCUUCAAACAUGAUGCAUCUCCUUCAUCUGAGGAGACGGGCAUUUCCCCUAAACUUGCAUCCAGCCGUGCUUACACGUUGUCCCUCUCCCCAUAUUUUCUAUAUGCCCGUUCCCAACUAAUGUCAGCGCUUGUAUCCUCGAAGGUCUUUCGCCAGCUGGAGUUUAUGGCUGUUGGUAGCUGGUGGAUCUACGCACCUGAACAGCCAGACUCUAACAAUGCCGAGCUUGGUGCUGAAAAGGUUCUCUACCGUGUGCCUGGCAACCGGGAGGAUGUGUUUGCUGCAACUCAUAUCAGCAUGAAGUCUAAGAGAACACUCAUGCGGUUAUUGCGUCAUAUCACCAAACCCAAUGAGGAUGAUGCUUCAAAUGAAGAUGAGGAUAUGUCACUGCCCCUGAAGGAUUACCUGGCUUCCAAGUUCAGCGUCCCAGGGGAGCUUCACAAUCCUCUGCUGUCAUUGUCCUUGUCCCAGCUUUCUCAGCAAGAUACUUCCGCCAGCUAUGCUGUGCCCAGGAUUCAAAGACAUCUGUCAUCCAUCGGCCAUCUUGGCGCUGGGUUUGGGGCUGUGAUUGCUAAGUAUGGCGGUGGAGCUGAAAUAUUGCAAGCUGCCUGUCGCGCAUCCGCUGUCGGAGGGGGUGUAUAUGCCCUGGACACAGGGAUUGAGGAUUGCUUAUGGCGCACAGGCUCUGAACAUUCCGACCAUCGUUUUCUAGUGAAACUGGCCAAUGAAGGGUCUGUUCAGGCAAAAUGCAUGUUUAACUCAAAUUUCGACACCUUUUCGAAAGUGGGCUCGACACCCUUAGUCGAAGUCGCCCGCUCGAUCAGUGUUGUGUCGGCUACUUUCCCGUCUCUUUUCCCUGUUGCAGUUGAAGGUGCUCCUGUGCCCGCAACUGCAAUUCUCAUGUUCCCAGGGGAUACGCUGGGCAGCCCCCACUCCCCUCCAGUCUAUCUCCAAAUUCAUUCAAGCGACACCGGCGAGUGUCCACACCAGCAGAGUGUUGUUUAUUGCAGUGUGGCACUAGCUGGGCCGGAAGGUCAAGCACUUAUCGAGUCCGCCGUCGAUAGACUAAUCCGGGCAGAAGGUCUACCGGCCACCGUGCUGUGGUCGUUGCGGUACACCCAGAGCGGUCGUCUCAGCAAUGGUGAACCCCGUCGUCUUAUUGCCGAGGAUGGAGCUUCUGAUUGCUACACUUUUCCCCCAUCGAGCCUCGACCUGGCAUUUGAAGACGACACCCUCGACCUUGUAAAAGAGGCCUGGAAGAAAGUCGUAGGAGAUGAAGUUGAUGAUGCCGAUUUCAUGAUAUUUGACGAUCGUGAUGGCACUUCUGAUCAAUGA